AUGCAGGCGAAUAGCGGUUAGAUCCAAGGCGCGGAUAACGAUAACCAAGCCCGGCGAAGCUGGCCCUUUCGACGCGUUUCAUCUCUAUUAAUAACAACGCCAGCUCCAUCGUGCAUCUAACGCACAGUUGCGCAAGCCUGGAAAGACGCAGCCUAAUUACGUAUGCACGCGUUCGACUCUCCUCGACGUAGGCGUAGACCAGAGAGCAAACUCUCCGGCUCGACGGGGGCCAUGGUGUUUGACCUGCGUGUGCAUUGUUGCAACAUGCACGCGUGUACACGCUUCGCUGUAUCUCUCCGCCGGCCAUAUUUACACGGGCUAAUGAAUUUCAUACAUAAUUACCGGUUUGCCUGCGUACAGUUAGCCACCACCAGUGUAGAUCUACCCCUCUGGUCAUCCUUCGGCCAACUUAUACUACCCAUUUGCCAGAGACUUGGUGACUUGGCUCGCGUUCAUGUUAGACUCGUGGUUACUUAUUAUUUACAGCGAGAAUUAUCAUGAUUUUUUAAUAUUUUUUACUAUUUAGAGUACCGUACAUUUACCGUAGCAAGAAGAAUCAAACAAAUUGAGAACAAGUGAGUUAUGAAUUAUUUUCGAGGAUCGAUACUGUUUAGCAUGAGAAUUACUAUGAAUUGCUUUUUUUUUUUUUUUUGAAUAUUAUUUAGAGUAAAAUUUCUCUAUAGUAAGAGGGAAUAAUUUAAUUGAACAAAUUAUUGAGCAAAGAAUUGCUAAAGGGAAUUUUUUUAAAGAAUUCCUUUCAGGGCUUCAGGCAAAGUUCAAAAUGCGAUUGGCUAUUUAUGCUCCAAGCAUGCAUAUAGCGAUUGAGGUGAUACUGGACGAGCGAUUGAUUUCAAACGAGCUGCCAGCUUGGCCGUCGUGCACACCGGAGACGUAUUCUUGCCGCGUAGAUUCCGGUUUGGCGAUUCGUUUGCGGUGGAACGUGAAGGAUGAACGCGAAGGGGGCCGCCGUGUGGUUUCGGUCGAAUCAUUUCGGGUGGGAGAUCGGUUUCCAUUGCAGGCGAGAGCCGGCUGGAUUUUGUGUUUUGUGUCGCUGGAAGGUCAGAACAUCUAUAAUUCCUGUUGCACGUUGCGCAUCGACUACAGCAAGAUGCAAAACUUGAACGUGAAGUAUAACAACGACAAAUCGAGGGACUACACCAACCCUUCUCUGCCAACUGGUGACGCGAAUUUGGACGCGGCGUCACUUGCCUUGGGUGGCGAGCUUCUUCCACAAUUGUUAAUGGGCGCCGGGUCACAACCUCGUGCAAGAAUACCCGGUGAGAACAUCGAGUCCAUUGCAGGGGCACCGGGUGUGCUGCCCACGCCCUUUGCGGCCAUGCACGGUCUACCCUCGCCUUUAGCGGGCCCGUACAAUGGGGUCCCACCUGCCGGCGGAUUAGCUGGUUUGGGUGGGUUCCCUCUUGGUGCUGCUGGCCUUGGUGUACGCGUUCCUACUAACGCGCAAACGUCCGCCGUGCUGCUCGUCAGUAAUCUCAACGAAGAGCACUGACGCAUAUGGACAAAUUGCGAGUGUUUGGCAAGCAGAUCAAGGUAAUGCUGAGCAAACAUCAGACUGUUCAGCUACCAAAGGAGGGCCAACCAGAUGCUGGAUUGACGAAAGAUUACACCAACAGUCCCCUUCAUCGAUUCAAAAAGCCAGGCUCUAAGAACUAUCAAAAUAUCUAUCCACCGAGCUCCACUUUGCAUUUAUCUAAUAUCCCCACAACCGUGACCGAAGAGGAGAUCAGGGAUGCGUUCACCAAAAAUGGUUUCACCGUGAAGGCAUUCAAGUUCUUCCCAAAGGACAGAAAGAUGGCGCUCAUACAGAUGCCUAAAAAUGCACAACUACCAGCUGAGCGAGUCCAAUCAUUUGAGAGUGUCAUUCUCCAAGAGCAAUAUCUAACAAGAGUCACAACCAAACAACCGGCAGUGGUACCAGCCCUACGCCCUAGUCCCCUUUUGGAUACCCGGCUCAGUGUAUGACUGAUGACGAUAACAAAUGACCGACGACGACGACGUUCCUCGCCGACGAGGGUGCGGUCAGUCGCUGGUCUCCAUUGCCGCGACGCAUUGGCUGGCCACCCUCUGGAUCUCAGCAGAAGGAAACGAACGCUUCCUCCGCAGCGAAGCCGGACAACAACCACCGAGAAAACGCGCACGACGAUCGUGCGCGGUUCCCCGUUUCUAUUUUUCUCAGACAGGCCGUCUUUUCAAGAGCAUUUCCCCACAACCAGCGUACCAGCAGACACCAUUACACACACGCACACACAAAAGAAUACAAGAAUGACAAAAAAGGAUUAGGGCUGCGACAACAGCGAAAGGGAGGGUCGUGGAAAAUAAAUCAUUGGCUUUCUGCCAGGCCAGAGAGAAAAGAGAAAGCCAGAGAUCGAUCUGUUGCUACGCAAGAGAGAAGAAAAAGAGAGAGGCCAGGAGCGUGUGUUUUUUUUUCGCGUGAUAGGAGUACGUUAUUCGCGAAGGGAGGAGGGAGAGACUAAGUUUUUAACAAAAAAAAAAAAAAAA